UCGGGCGGGAAGCAGCGAAAAAGGGUUAGGGCGCGCGCUGUGGCGGUUCCUAGUCUCACGGUCGCGUGCCCGGGAACUGCUGUUGCGCGAGGGGAAGGCGGGACGCCCAGGUCGGUGUAGGGCCAGAUGAAUGCCCCCGUUUCCACAGCCCACAUUCGCGUCUUCUUCCCUCCCCGGUACUCCCCUCCCGCCCAUGCUGCAGGGCGAGCUGCGCGUUGGCCCUUAGGUCCAGAAUCGGUGACAAACCUCGGAAAUUGCCAGAAGUAGUACCCAGUCUCCGCAUCCCGACUCAACCCUCCAGCUCUCACCCACAACCCCAAACUUGUGCUGAAAAGUGAAAAUGUUAUACGUUACACAUGAAGCUAAAUCUACCGUUAGAAUACACAUUUUUUUGGGUCCAUCUUUUAAGCAUACAGCUGAACUUGGUUUAUUCAAUUUGAGAGUAUCUUUUAAGAGCUCUCAGGCCAUUUCUGAGCAAUAGAGGUUACAAGUACUCCACUGAACAACCAGUUCUAAAUCCUGUCAUCAAAUCCUGUGCUCCUGUUCCAAACAGUAAUAGAUGCCUAAUAUUUCCUUUAUGUGAAAGAAAUGAGUGUAACUAGAAUUGCAUUAAGAGUUGAAACCUGGCUUUCAGCUACAUGGCAUGUUAAAGUGCCUGUAACGUGGCUAGAAGCUUGUAUUAACUGGAUCCAAGAAGAAAAUGAUAAUGUUAAUUUGAGUCAGGCACAAAUGAAUAAACAAGUGUUUGAGCAGUGGCUCCUUACCGACCUGAGAGAUUUGGAGCUUCGUCUUUUACCUAGCGGCAUUUUAGAAACUCCGAAAGGAGAACUGAAUGGAUUUUUUGCUCUGCAGAUUAAUUCAUUGGUUGAUGUAAGUCAGCCUGCAUAUGCCCAGAUACAAAAGUUGAGAGGAAAGAAUACAACCAAUGACCUAAUUACAGCUGAAACACAAGUAACCCCCAAACCUUGGGAAGCAAAGCCUUCACGAAUGUUGAUGCUACAGCUAACUGAUGGAAUUGUACAAAUUCAAGGAAUGGAGUAUCAGUCUAUUCCAGCUCUGCAUAGUGAUCUUCCUCCAGGUACAAAAAUUUUGAUUUAUGGAAAUAUUUCUUUCCGUCUUGGUGUUCUCUUGUUGAAACCAGAAAAUGUGAAAGUGUUGGGAGGAGAAGUCGAUGCUCUUUUAGAGGAAUAUGCCCAAGAAAAAGUUCUUGCAAGAUUAAUUGGGGAACCUGAUCCUAUAGUUUCAGUCAUACCAAAUAAUUCUAACCAAAGCAUUGCCAGAAUUACGGAUGUUCUAGAUCCUGCGUUGGGACCUUCUGAUGAAGAACUCUUGGCAAGUCUUGAUGAAAAUGAUGAGCUUGCAGCAAAUAAUAAUACCUCUUUGGAAAGAAGUUGUUUCAUAGGUAAUUCCUCAAAUACUGUUCCCAUCAGACAGUCAGAUUUUGAAACAGAACUUGUUAUUUCUCCAAGGCCAAAGGAGAAACCACGAAACCAAUCUAUGCUUUUUACUGAUGAGGAAUUAGAUGACUUUUCAUUGGAGGAGGCCUUGCUUUUAGAAGAAGCUGUCCAGAAAGAACAGAUGGAGACCAAAGAAUUACAGCUGUUGACUUUGAACAGAACUACAGAUGAAAGUAUAGAGAAGUUUUCACAUAGAUCUAAUACUCUAAAUAAUUUUUCUUUUAUUUGCAAAAAUGGAAACAAUAAUUGGAGUGAAAAAAACUUAUCUGAGCAAAUGACUAGUGAAGACAAAUCUCUUAGUUGUCCAUCUACUAGAGACCAAAACAGUAGUAGUCUUUCAGUUAAUCAUAAUGUACCCCUACCCCAUGAUUUUACAAGUAAAGGUAAGAGCUCAGAGACAUAUAAAAUAAAACAAAUUAGCAGUUCGGAUGGACAUUCCUUAAAUAAUAAAAUGUUCAAUGGAGAGCUAGUCAGUAAUGUACCAAAAAAGAGUUCAGAUGUUCCUAAUGAAAAUGAGCGCCAUUUACAGACUUGUUCUUUACAAUUGUCAGAGAAUAGCAUUGGACUUCCUAUCACCAUGGAUUUGUAUUCUCCACCCUUUAUCUAUUUGUCUGUUCUAAUGGCCAGCAAACCAAAGGAGGUUACAACAGUGAAAGUCAAAGCAUUUAUUGUAACUUUAACUGGAAAUCUCUCAAGUUCUGGUGGCAUUUGGAGUGUAAGAGCAAAAAUUUCUGAUGGUACUGCAUAUCUAGAUGUAGACUUUGUAGAUGAAAUACUUACUAGUCUGAUAGGGUUUUCAGUAUCAGAAAUGAAACGGUUGAAAAAGGAUCCUUGUAAAUACCAAAAGUUCCUGGAAGGUUUGCAGAAAUGUCAGAGAGAGCUAAUAGAUUUGUGCUGUCUGAUGACUAUUUCAUUUAAUCCCUCCUUGUCUAAGGCAAUGGUACUGGCAUUACAAGAUGUUAAUACAGACCACCUUGAGAACCUAAAGAGGAGAUUAAAGAAAUAAUUUACUGAAAUAGUAUUAAAAAACAAUUCAAAUAAGCAAGGAAAUACUUAGAAUUAAAUUUGUCCUUUUACUUUCACAACUUUUUGAAAAGGAAGUUUCAUAACUGAUUUCAGUUUAAUUUUAAAAUGCUUGAUCAUGAUUGUGUGUUUAAGUUUUUUUAAUAAAGUUUUUUAUAGUAA